UUCAUUUUUAACUGUAGUGAACGUUGAAUGAACCAGGACCACAGAAAUAAUUGGACAUGUUGUGCUCCUCCGGUCCUGCAGGGGGCGCUACGUCUCUCUGCUUCCUCUCAAUGACCCGGACAGAUCAACACAAUCUGGACUGUUUUCCUUCCUGCAGUCCGGUGGACGGAGCUCUGCAUCGGGAUGUCUCUGUCUGUGUGUCCCCAGAGCUGCGGGCUCCGGCCACUGACCGACUCGGUGUCGGAGCUGCUCUCCAAAGUCGGCGAGGAGAUCCUGGCUACGCUGGAGAGGCGCGCCGGGGAAGCCGGGUCGUUCAGAGGCUCGGGCCGCUUGGUGCGGCUCCUGCGGCCGCUUCUCACGGACGGGAUGGCGGCAGCCGCGGAGCUGAUUGUUCAGCUUCUGGAGCGGGAGGUGGAGGAGUUCCGGCGGCAACUGGAGCGGCAGAGCCGGCUGCUGGAGGCCGCACUGAGCCCGGUGGUUCUGCUGAAGCGGACGGUCUCAAUCGGCUCCUCUGCCAAAGAGAUGACCACAGAUAAUGAAAACCUCCCGCUGCAUUCAGACGCAGUAACUGCUGCCUCCUCUGACAUUUCUGCUGCUGAAAGUGAUGAAGAACGGAUUGAAAACUCCUCAGAUAAGAAAGAGACAAACACAGCAGAUAAAAGAGACGAAUCUGUAAGUAAUCAAUGUUUAAUCUGUGGGAAAACUUUCCGUCACAAAGUAAAUCUCAUCAGACACUCGGAAAUUCAUGCAGACUCACCUGAAAAUCUCUGUGGAGUCUGUGGAAAACACCUGGAGGCUUCAGGAGAUUUAUCCGACCACCUCGCAUCCCACAGGGAAACCGUUUGCAUGAGCAGGUUCUGUGAGAUUUGUGGGAAGACAUUUCAGAACAUGGAAACUCACGUACGGAGCCACACUGGGGUAAAACCGUACAGCUGUGACUUCUGCAGCAAGAGCUUCCCACGGGCCAACGCACUGAAGAGGCACAAAAAGAUCCACAGCAGAGACAAACCGAGCGCCUGUCAGAUCUGUGGAAAGACAUUUGCUGAGAACCAGAUGCUUCUAGAGCAUCUGAAGACACAUGAAGAUCACCGCAAAGGGGAGGAUGAUAGUUCAGAGAUGGCUAAACUGGAAGUAAACGUAGAACCACUCCCUGAUGAUUCACUCUGCUGCAGAGUUUGUGGAGAUUCCUUUCACAGUCGAGGCCUCUUAAGAAAACACGCAGUAACACACAGCAGCGACUCCAGAUGUGUGUGUGGAGUGUGUGGGGAGCAGCUGGAUUCAUCAGACGUUCUGCAGACUCACUUGGAGUCUCACAUGGAGGCUGGUGGGACAUGCAGCGUCUGCGGGAAGAGUUUCCAGAACAUGGAGACGCACAUGCGAAUCCACACAGGGCUGAAGCCAUACCGAUGCCCCGUCUGUGGCAAACGCUUUCCCCGAUCUGGAGCUCUGAGGCGACACAGGAAGACCCACAGCGCCAAGCGUCCACUAGACAGAGAACAGGAAGUCCAGAAUACAGAAGGUCAAAAAGCAGAGAUGUCAGGUAGUCCGUCAUCCUGCUGCAAAGUCUGUGGGGAGAGUUUUCAGAGCAAAGGCAAUCUAAGAAAACAUGCCAAGAGCCACGCUUCAGAGUCUGUCUGUGGGGUGUGCGGUGAGGAUCUGCUACCAUCUGAAACGCUGGCCGAUCACUUGCAGGGCCACAAAGACAAAGGGAAAGUCUGCCACAUCUGUGGCAACACCUUUCAACACAUAGAGAUCCAUAUGCAAACCCACACGGGCAUCAAACCAUACUCCUGCAGCAUCUGCGGGAAGUGCUUUCCUCGACCCGGUGCUCUGAGGAGACAUAAGAGGAUCCACAGUGGGGAGAGGCCGUACAUCUGCGAAUUUUGCGGGAAGACGUUCAUCGAGCGCACCUCUCUGACGGCGCACAUCAGGAGCCACAACACCAACCGAACUGUCAGCCGCGUCUCCUGCGAUACCUGCGGGAAGAGUCUCGCCUCUGUCCAAAUCCUAGAAGUUCACCGGAGGAUCCACACUGGCGAGAAGCCAUUCCCCUGCCGCAUCUGUGGGAAAGCCUUCCGGCAGAUGGGAGGGCUUAACGUCCACAUGCUAACGCACACGGGAGAGAAGCCAUUCAGCUGUACUCUCUGUGGCAAAAGCUUCUCCACCAAAGGAUACCUGGAAACCCACAUCCGCUUCCACAGGAAGGAGCUGGCCUUCGGGUGCCACCUGUGCUGGAAGGCCUUUGUCACCAAAAAUGACUUGAAGAAGCAUCUGUUGACCCACACUGGAGAGAAACCCUUCAGCUGCCAGGUAUGCGGGAAAAGUUACCAGGAGAAACGCUCUCGAGACAUUCACAUGAAGGUGCACCAGGUGGUCCAUAACAGCAGGAAGUCAACCAGAGGGCAGGAGGGUCUCCAGACAGACUUCAUCCAGCUGUAGAGAGUCAGAUUAGUUCAAACUCAUAAAUAACAAAUUAUAAUAAGACCUUAUUACCUGUUGAACAGUAAUCACAUGAGAGACAAGACUGUUUAAGUUUAAACCAGAACAAAUGAAAGAACUGGAGAACUAGACUUACAAAUAAUAAAUUUUUAGCCUUUUGAAUACAAAGAUCUUAUUUUCAGAUUAUUCCUUUAACAUUUACAGAAAAACAAACAAAAUGCAUUCAUAUGGAGAAUUUUUUUUUUUGAUUUUCUGAGUUUAUUUGAAUGAAAUUUGAGCAUUUCAGUCAUGACAGACUUGAUCUUUUACUGAGUUUUUACUGAGUUUGACAUUUUAGUUGUUUUCAUACAUUAUCUUGAAGGCCCUUAAAUGUGUUUUCAUUAAUUUAAACAGUCUUUAUUUUCAAAGAUCUGCUAUAAUUUAGUUUUUACCAAAGAGAGAAAGUUGUAAAUGAGGUUCGACAAAAUUUCUUGGUAUUUUUAGUAGGAAAGUUGAGAGCACCAUUUUCUGCAUCGAAAUAUUGUUGAAUAUAUAAAUAAUUAAACAGCUGGAGACGUGUAGCAUCACAUGUUUUGUUUAUGUUUGUACAACCAAUAAAGAGUUGUGCAAAACAUUAUUACUAAUUUACAGUCUGCUUUUUAUUUCAAGACAUUUUAUCUCAAAAUAAAGACAUGAGAAACAUGUAUUUGCUGUUUUUAAUGGAUUAAAGUUGAAUCUGUACACAUGA